AUGGGGAGCCACCGAGAGGAGGGGCUCCUACGUCAGCUAAGCCAGCUGGACCAAGACGCAGAUGGGCGGGCAGGGCCCAGGGAGGGGCAGAAAAGCCACCAGCUGGGCCAGAGCCUCUGACCACCCACUCUGCCCGCAGAGCUGGACGAUGCUGACACUGCCAGGCCCCGGGCCGCCCUCCUGGAGAAGCACCCGCUGGAGGGGGAGAAGCAGCGGCCCGGCACCGGGCAGGGCCCCUUCUUCUACAUCGGAGGCACCAACGGGGCCGCAAUAAUCAGCUCCUAUUGCAAAAGCAAGGGCUGGCAGCGCAUCCAGGACAGCCGGCGGGAAGACUACAAGCUCAAGUGGUGCGAGGUCAAGUGCAGGGACACCUACUGCAGCUUCCGGGAAGGUGAGCAGCUGCUGUACCAGCUCCCCAACAGCCAGCUCCUUACCACCAAGAUCGGGCUUCUCAGCGCCCUGAGGGAGCACGCGCGUGUCCUCAGCAAGACCAGCAAGCUGGCCCCCUGCGCACAGGCCAAAUCUGGAAAGGACACGACACCCGCCCCAGAAGAGCUCAUGUGGAGCAGCUCAGGACACCUUGGGCCACAGAGCGUCCUGAAAAUGGAAGACUUUUUCCCAGAGACCUACCGUCUGGACAUCAGGGACGAGAGAGAGGCUUUCUUUACCCUCUUUGAUGAAACCCAGAUGUGGAUCUGCAAGCCCACCGCCUCCAACCAGGGCAAAGGCAUCUUUCUGCUCCGGAACCAGGAGGAAGUCGCCGCCCUCCAAGCCAAGACCCAGAGCAUCGAGGACGACCCCAUCUACCGCAAGAUGCCCUUCCGGGCGCCUCAGGCGCGGGUCGUGCAGAGGUACAUCCAGAACCCGCUGCUGCUGGAUGGGAAGAAGUUCGACGUGCGCUCCUACCUGCUCAUCGCCUGCACCAUGCCCUACAUGGUCUUCUUCGGCCACGGCUACGCUCGCCUCACCCUCGGCCUUUAUGAUCCCCAUUCCAGCGACCUCUGUGGCCAUUUAACCAACCAGUUCAUGCAGAAGAAGAGCCCCCUGUACCUGCUGCUCAAGGACGACACGGUGUGGAGCAUGGAGCACCUUAACCGCCACAUCAACGACAAGUUCCGCAAGGCCAAGCGCCUCCCCCGAGACUGGGUCUUCACCACCUUCGCGAAGCGGAUGCAGCAGAUCAUGGCCCACUGCUUCCUGUCUGUCAAAUCCAAGCUCAAGUGCAAGCUGGGCUACUUUGACCUCAUUGGUUGUGACUUCUUGAUUGAUGAAAACUUCAAGGUGCUGCUGAGGCGUCCCGGGGUGGGGUGGGGUGGGGUGGGCGGGGCCCAGCAUGCAGGUGCAGGAGGCAGGGGCCCUCUGUGCACACCCUGACCACUCAGGCGGGCCCCUGGAGCAGGCAGUUAUGCACCCUCCCUAGCCCUGGGGGUGGUGUGUCCACAAGGCUUCGCUCUUCCUGCAGCUGGGGCAGCCCCCAAGGCCAGACUCUCAGACCCUCAGAGUCUUAGCCCCUUGGGCAAAUGGGGGAGUGAGGUCAUGGGAAAGAAGUGACCUGCCCGGUCACCGGGCUUAAUGGGGACCAGGGCCUCAGCCUCCUGCUGGCCGAGUGGUAGGGAGGGAGGUAUGCUGAGCAGUGUUGGGCCCAGGUGUGGCUGCUGGAGAUGAACUCCAACCCUGCCCUGCACACCAACUGUGAAGUCCUGAAAGAGGUGAUUCCAGGCGUGGUCACGGAGACUCUCGACCUGGCACUCGAGACCUUCCAGAAGAGGCUGCGCGGCCAGAAGAUGCUGCCG